GAAAGCCCACUCUCGCUUUAUAGACCCAGUUGCCAAGUCUCUUUUUGCGACUACAGCAAGAGGAAAAGGAAAAAUGGAGUGGCAUAGGAGGCCAAACAGGAGUGACAUUCAUUUAUCGGCAGAGCAGGAGGCCAAAAUUCAAGAGGAAACUAGAGAACAUUUUGAUGGAUUGGCUCCAAAGCGCCACACUAAACCUCAACGCAGUGAGUUUUCUGCUCAAUAUGUGGAUGCUUUCCCCUUCCCCGUUUCUCUUCCUAACCACUCUUCCAUCCCUGAGCUUCUUGAGUUUCAACGUCUCCAAACUGAUCCUCAGAAGCUAGUUUACAAUGGUGAAGGCCGAGUUAGCGAGGAGUUUGUGGCGACAGAGUACUACGAAGAUCUCAACUGCGUUGACAAGCAGCAUCACACGACAGGAACAGGGUUCAUCAAAAUGGAGAAUGCAAAUGGAAAAUGCUUCUGCUUAGCACCAGAUCCGGUAUCCCUCUGCCAUCCCUCUUGCAGAGGAAAUCCAGCAACUAAUGAAUGGAUUCCAGCUGCUGACGAUACUGUCACUUUUGCUUCAGACAAGCCCAGAAGGAGUGACAAUUGAAAUGCAGGAUGACUGGGAUGCGAUGUCUUCAAGUUAAGAGCUAGCUACGUAUUCCAAAUGCUGUGUACCUUACCUCUUAUUGUCACUAUGUGACAAAGAGGGCUUGUCUACUAUUGCUAAGUGUGGUUAUAAUUGCAAUGUAACUUAACUUUGGAUGCUGAUGAUAUUUGAAAGUUAAAUCUAGCUUUCUGAAUAAGCCAGUUUUUAAUAUUUCGGUUA